ACAUCUUAGUUGCCUGUCAGCUCUUGUAACAUAAUGACCUAAUUUGUUACCUUUGACCCACUUACAACGUGUGGGAGUCAUAUGUUAUCCUGGGGCCGUAUCCUUAGGGAUUAUAUCCAUCCUUUGGAAUUUGCUAUGUUAGCAUUUUGAUGUGACUUUUAGUCCAUUUUUGAAAGGCUUUGACCUUCGUAUUUUUUGGUUGGCUCACCAUGUUCUUAGCCAUUGAUUAUGUCGUUGAUAACCUUGCCAUAUACAUGAAAGAAAAUGAUGAAAAACUUAGUGCACUGCCAUAUAAUAUUAGAAACAGAAUUCUACGUAGAUUUACGACUUCAGCCUAUUUUUGGAGAAACAUUCAUUUCAAAUCGGUUUUGUCAGCUAUUGCUAACGAACAGACAUUGUCAAUUAAUUUGACUUCAGCUCCAUUGGACGACGAGAUAUUAAAAAUAAUUUCUAAAUGUAAAAAUGUUCGAAAACUGUAUUUAUCAAGAAAUGAUGAUGGUUUGAUUACAACUAAAGGUUUAGUGGAGCUACUAAAAAAUUGUCCCAAUUUGGUUCAUUUUGUACUCUGUCGCAGCACGGAAGUGAAAGAUGAGGUGUUAGAUUGUAUGGCAGAACAUUGUCCAGAUCUGACAUGUUUGGAUUUUGGCGGUUGUUCGCAGAUUACUGAUAUAGGCAUUAAGAAAAUUUCGAGGUUGAAAAAAUUGACUGGUGUCAAUUUUUCUGCUACACAAAUUACUGAUGAAGGAGUGAGUUGUCUUGCUAAGGGACCCAGUGGACCAAAAUUAACGGAACUUAGAAUAGAAGACACUCAGGUGACCGAUGUUGGUUUGAGAAGUGUUGCGGAAAACUGCCCUAAACUGCAAAUAUUAUGUUACCGUGGCCGACAAAAACAAGAUUUGGAUAGCUUCGUACCUUUCCACAAUGGGUUAAAGAACUUGAAGCAAGUUACAUGGACAGUGAACUGGUAAAGUGACGUUCCUUCGGGCCUAUUAUAUUUGUUGUGAUUUGUUGUCAAUUAUAUUUAUUAACAAUUA